AGAGUGGAGCGUGGAAGUAUCCCAGUUCCAGCGCGGGAUCGACCACACAAGCACACAGACCGACUCCAACACCCGACGUACAGGCAGACAGGAGACACAGAAAAACGACCAUGAUGAUGCAGUCCAGCCUAAGUGACUUGACUAAACAGAGGAUGUUGCAAGCUAAGGCUCUGUCUAAGGAGGCCAAAGGAGGGGGUCUGAACCUGGGCAAGAAGAUCAGUGUUCCCAAGGAUGUGAUGAUGGAGGAGCUGAAUCUUCCCUCUAAUCGAGGCUCUCGCAUGUUUCAGGAGAGACAGAAGAGGGCCGAGAGGUUCACCCUGGAGAACCCUGCCAACAGUGCUUACAACACCAGUAAUGUCCAUCUCGAGGCCAUUCCUCCUCAGCAAAUCAUCCCAGAGCCACAGGGAGGAAAAGAGAACCAGUCUUUCUCCAUCCCUGGUAAGCAUAGCCUGGUCAUGAACCUACAGAAGACUGUAGCAAAGAAGGGCAGUCCUGACGUCCUCGCUCCAGGAUAUUCUGGCCCUCUGAAGGAAAUUCCUCAUGAGAAGUUCAACACAACAGUAAUCCCCAAAUCCUACUGCUCCCCAUGGAGGGAAGCUUUGGGAAAAAACGAGGAGCUCCUGAAUGCCCUCAAUACCCAGCUGCCCCAGCUCCCACAAAGGCUACAGCCUGCCAACUACAGGUGCUUCAACAGAUCUCCCAUGCCAUUUGGGGGAGGUAUGGCCAGCAAGAGGGUGAUACCAGUGAUUGGGUUUGAGGCACUGGAAUCCCAGAAACUGCCCAGCAUCGCUCCGGACCGCAUGUGUCACCGACCCAACUUUAACAGAGCACCCAAGGGAUGGGGAGCUGAAUACAGCCCUGAAUCGAAUGAACUAUAAAGAAAAAAGGGCUCAUAAGCUAAAGACUAAAGCGCUGACCUCCUCUCCUCUUCCAAAGAUUAUCCCCCGUUAGUCAGCGGGUGCUGUGGGGGAGGGGGGCCGACACUCCUGCAUGAUAUAGAAAAUUGCUACUGCUGAGUGGUUUGACCAGCUGAGGCAAACUCUGGAUGCUGGAAUCAGUUAUGUACCACAGUUGAGUCCAGGGGCAAAGCUGCCACAGGCUGAUCAGUACAACCCAUUUUAUUUAUUUUCUUCACUCAAAGUCAAUGUCUCAAUACCUGGCUCCCCUCUUUUCACUCUCUCAAUUCAUCCUUUUACACUGUGGCUUUACUUUUUCUCCACUAGCCAGACAACACACACAACAGUAAAUUGUUAUAUAAAUAAUGGUGAAUAUUCUGAGAUGAUCAAUGACAAAAUUUAGUCAUUUUAAUGACAAGUGAAAACAACAUACAAAGAAACCUUACAAUAACUAAGUCUUUAUGUUGUGGAAUUUUAAGAUUGUGGCAAAUUAAAAAAAAAAAAAAGUCAAAAUUAAUAGGUUUAAAAAUGCUGCUCAGAAUUCAACUCCAUGUGAUACUUUGCACGAUGUUACAAAUACAGGUUGAACGUAAAGUAUACAUUUUUAUAUGUACAAUGGCUCUGACCACAGGAGCCCUUUAAAACCAAAUGACCCUGAUCCUGGUCAGUACUCUUUGUGUCUGAAGUCUUCUACUUUGUUAAGUUCCACUGUUUAGAUGCUGUUCUGGUACUUUUUAACUGCGAGUAGUGACAAAGUCAUCUGGUGAGAUCCUGGUUGUUGUCUCUCCAGACACAGAUGGCGCUCCUUCAGUUCAUUCAUUUGCACUGCAGGUGGAAUAAUAAAUCAAAUCUUAUCGUCUAAGCAAUAA